AUGAGGAGCAGCAAUCUGGCUUCAGACCAGGCCUUUGAUGCUUCUUUUUUAAAGCAAAAGAAAGAAAAACGGUUCAGCGUGUGGUGUUUUAAUGAAGGAGGUCUUGGUCCUGGUGAUGCAUCUCCAGAUGAAGGAGUAGUAGAAGAUCUGCCUUUAAUAGAUGAGAAAGCUGUGGAGCAGCUAACUGAAGGAUUGAUUUCUCAUUAUCUGCCUGAUCUUCAGCGAUCAAAAUCAGCGCUACAGGAACUUACACAGAACCAAGUGGUAUUACUAGAAACAUUAGAACAAGAAAUUUCAAAAUUCAAAGAGUGUAACUCCAUUCUCGAUAUCAAUGCUUUGUUUUCAGAAGCUAAACACUAUCACAACAAGUAUGUGAAUAUUAGAAAUGAAAUGAUGGUGCUCCAUGAGAAGACAUCAAAGUUAAAAAAAAGAGCACUUAAGCUGCAACAAAAGAGGCAGAAGGAAGAACUAGAACGAGAACAGCAACGUGAGAAGGAACUUGAAAGAGAGAAGCAGUUAACAGCAAAACCUGCCAGGAGGACGUGAAAGCAGAGCAUGCAACAACUUGUCCAAAUUAAUCAUUUCUGCAUUCUCUGGAACUACGGCAGACUUUGCUUAAACCGGGCUAUAGCUGUUACUAGCAACAGUCUACUCUGUGAUAUUAUAAAUUCCAGAAGGGUGACAAUAGGGUUGGUAACAUUCAAUUUUUUUCAUUUCGGCCAUUCAGGUUGCCUUCUUUUGUAAUGUUAUGCAGUUUGAUAUUAUUAUAAUGUAAGUUAAUUUUUUUUAUAUGUAUGUAUAUAGGAGAACUUAGGCAUCACAGUUUUAAAUACCUAUCCAUUUUUUUCAUCUGUUCUUCUGGUGUUUAGAAUUCUGAGAGGUGUUUGGUGACUGGCAUACAUGUCUUUCAGACAAAAUACAGAAUACUAGUUAAAAGUUCGGUUCUCAUCCCCGGACUUGAGUGGCCGCCUGUUUCACUGAAACUGCUUUGAUUCAGGCAGUUGGGAUCUCUUUUCGAUGCCCUGGUUCAUAAAUACUGACUCUUUGUGCAGCCUUAGUUUGGUCUGUCUCUAAUGAACUGAAGAAACUUCCAGCGUAUUUGCCUGAAAGCUCACUUGGUUGCAGCAGUCUUAUUUUUUUGUCACAAAGUCACUUAAGAACAGCUUUAAAGUAACUUCUGAAUAAUUUCCCGGCUGAAUUGCUUGGUGGGGGGGAGGAAGCAGAACACUAAAGAUUCUCAAAAUUGAUGUGUGCACAAUGCAAAGAUAAAUGAAUUUGUGCUUCCACAAACAUUUGAGUCAAACCAGGGAAAUGUUGCUUCUGUAAUGGUUCAACAGGAAGACUGUGUGGUCUAAGCAGAUUUCUGUGGGAUUAGAAGUUGUUGUUUCUUCAUUGUGUGUGACAAAAUAAAACGCAACCAAAACUAAACAAUUUCCACUUCACGUGAAAUUCAGUUACCUGUAGGAAAAACUACUGCAUGGAAUUUUUUUCCUUAACAAAUUAUUCAUUUGCACUUCGGGGCUAUGUAAGAGAAUUUCUGUUAUGCUGUCCUCACCCAAAUUGAUGAUGAUUAGCGUACGCUGGUGAUAAAUGUGGAAUGGAGGUUGAUACCCAUUUCUCUGAAUGUAAUUGCGUUCUUGCAGCACUUGGUGUAUGUUGUCUAGACUGGUAAAAGAGCUUUAAACUAUUUGUUCCUGCAGUCUAACAAACUCGUUAUUUUAUAUCUAUGUUAUCUUUUGAGUAGCGAUGUAAGUGGCGUGUUUUGAAGUAAGAUGAAGGGUAAGCUAUGUGAAGUUUUCCAUAAAAUACGUAUGGUAAGGUGUCCGAGGGGCACAGUCAAUUUUCCCUGUUCUUCAGUUUUAGAUGAUUUACACAGGGUACACCUGCCUGGACUCUCCUGUAUUACAACCUUCUGAACUCCUAAUUUCCUGUUCUUAGUAUUUGUCAUCUUUUUCUGUGAAAGAUGUACUCUAAUGAGUAGUCAUCCGACAUGCAAGGUAAACUGGGUGAUCUUUUGAGGCCGGGAGAACAAACUACUUAACGUAGUCUGAAGAGACACUGAAAUGCUGUUACUGAAGCAGUAAUAGAUUAAAACUUUCCACGGGUAUUUUUCCUUUAAGUGACUUGUGUCUAUCAAUUGCCAGUGGAUUCUUGCCCUGUGCUGUGGUUUGUAUGUAUUUCUAAGAGAAAUGUAAAGAAUUUCAAAGUCCUUUUUUGGAGCAGAAUGUACAUAACUAAAUAUUGUUUAAAUACUUUAUUUUGUAAUGUAAUUUCAACAUUAGAUUCUGGGAAUUUAAACAGUUCUUAUUAAAGUGUAACAUGAAACCAGAUGCCUCAGUAUCCAAAUCGGGAUUAAAUUCCCGUGGUAUUUCUUGAUUUGUGUUCCCUCGUGUAGAAUCCAGUUUAGUGUUUCAAGCUGUGGUCUCUUUCUGUGAAGAACUGUGGGGUUUUUUCCAAAGAACUGCAAGGGUUUUUUUGUUUUGUUUCAAAAAUCAUGGCUACUUUUGCUGAAAAUACAGAAUUCUAAGCAUAGAAAUUGAUGCUUUUGCGAUUGCAUAUUUCAGUGUUUCUUUGGAAUAAUUUCUGAUCAAAGGAAUAAAAGCCUGCAGUGCUUGCCUGAGGAAUCGUAUGCAUACGUAAAAAUGUAAUUGAUAACUUUCCCCAUAAAAUUGUAGCAAAAUCUGAGUUUUGUAUGAAUAAGGAACUAAUUUUAAUAAAUGACCUUUCAGUAAUAAAGGGGAAAAAAUGAAUUAAC